CAUGAAUUAACAAUCAAUUCUUGUUGAUCAGACGCUAAACAGUAGCAAUAAUCAAAUGAGAGGAAAAUACAAGCCGAGGAUUUUAGUUGGUCUAACUAUUGUUAGUAUCAUUAAAAUUCUUUAUUGUUUUUAUCAUCAACAGAAUCAUCAGAUGAUUAAGGACGGCAUACGGAAUCAUGAUUUCAAGGAAGGAGUUAAUGCUGUCAAGAAAGCAUUUGUUGCUAAGGAAGCGUUUCACCCCGAGGGCAGUUUGGAAAAGUCUGAGGCCAAUAAGGGAUAUGAUAUCGAGGAAGAAUCUCGGAGAGAAGUGCACGGAGUAAAAGGAAUUCAUGAUGUAGGUCCCAUUAAAAACACAAAUAAAUGGAUAGUCGUUACGAGUAUAGCAUCCCCUACACAGGAUAUCAAAAGUUUGGCAACAUUGUCAGAAUGGCAGCUACUCGUUGUUGCCGACACAAAGACUCCAAAAGAUUGGCAUUUAGAUGGGGCUCUAUUCCUAAGUGUAACAACACAGAGAUCUCUUGGCUACAGGGUCCUAGAACAUAUACCAUAUUCAAACUAUGGCCGGAAGAAUAUAGGAUAUCUAUACGCAAUUCAGCAUGGUGCCAAUAUUAUCUAUGAAACAGAUGAUGACAACCAUCCAACUGAUGGCCUCAAAGGUUUCAUAACUACUGACAAGAUGUACGGCGUCGUGCCAACAACAAACACCACACUAUUCAACCCAUACGCUUAUUAUGGGCAGCCAACGACAUGGCCAAGAGGUUAUCCCUUGGAGAACAUCGGGGGCAAUAUCACGAGUGAGUACAAUGCUGUGCACUGGAACACAACUCUUAUACAACAAGGGGCAGUUCAUGGUGACCCGGAUGUAGAUGCCAUCUAUCGACUGACACGCAAAUCAAAUUCAAAUUUAUUGAAUUUAACAUACGAUGAUUUUAUGCCGCCAUUGAUUUACCCAAAAGGCACUUUUGUUCCAUGGAAUUCCCAGAAUACUUUAUUCCACUAUGAUGCAUUCUGGGGCCUCAUAUUGCCUGUAGCAGUGACAUCCCGUGUAACUGACAUAUGGAGAAGUUAUUUCACACAGACUCUUCUUUGGCUUAUAGAUGGUCAUUUAAGUUAUAUGCCCCCGAAUUGCUACCAGUUCCGAAAUUAUCACUCGUACAUAGAUGAUGCAAAACAAGAAAAAAGGCUGUACUACCAAGCCGGUGAACUUAUCAAGUUUUUAUCUAGUUGGAAAUGUAAAGCAAAUCACCUUCCUUUGUGUAUUCAAAACUUAGCAGAUGCUAUGGCGCACAAAGGAUAUUGGGAAAUUACCGAUGCUGAACUAAUAGGCGCAUGGUUACAAGAUCUUGUUAACAUUGGAUACAAGUUUCCGGUUAUUGCAAAAGAGCAUCUUGAUGAAUCUGUUGAUUUUCCUAUCACUCUUCAAUCUAAUAAUCGAUUCCCCGUGUCGCUUCCAUCAAAUUCAAAAUUGAUUGAUAUUGGAGGUAGAACAUCAAAGAUCAAAAACCUACUUUACAAUACAUGCUACAUGUACAAUUCCUCUAAAUCUAGACAUACCUAUAAGCAGCAACUGAUACAACCAAACCCCAUUUUGCUGUUGAUUAUAUUCAACACGCCAGUUUAUGAGAGUAUCCCAUACUUAGAGGCACUUUAUGAUGGUCAUUUUGUAAAGACCAUUUAUUGUGGACCAAAUAAGCCAAGCAAAUCUAUCCUUCGUGAAUGGGAAAUUAAUUUUAUCACAUUUAAGCAAACAGUGAAUUAUUUACCGGGUAGUUCCAAUUAUGAGUGUCUACUGAAGGUCCUGAAACUUGGAUUGAGCGUGGAAGGUAUCUUAACUAUCGCUGAUGACGCGAUUAUGAAAGUUAAAGCAAUCGCCAAGCUACCUUUAGAUGAGGUAUGGUUUAACACGAGAAAUUUUCAGUCAGUAGAACAAUUCUCAAAAGUUGUUGAAGAAACCUCGAAAAUUGGCAUGAGGGAUCCUCUCAUACUAGGAAACAACAGCGGUAUUAGCGAAAUCGCAUCAGUGGAACAUGGUAACAUUACAACGUGCAAUAUGUCAAACUUGCAAGGCAAAUGUGAAAUCAUCACCCGUAGCAUGCACUUCAAAAACUUUGAAAAAAAUAUCACAAAUGCACUUGACGAGCUUCACCAAUUACAAAACUCGAACAAACUAAUUCAAACAUUUCUUGUUAAUCUCUCUAAACAUUUGUUCGGUAGUAAAAGGAAGGCAUGGCAGGCUUCAGAUAUGUAUUACAUACCACGGAAACAUUUCGAAAUAGCCAUACCCAUUUUGGAUGUCUUCUUCAGGCAUAAGAUAUUCCUUGAGCUUGCAGUCCCGACACUUCAACAUUCCUUAGGAGUAAAGUACAGCAACGUUGGCAUGGCUGCAUAUAACUGGGACUUUGGUGGAAUACGUGAUAAGCCAUGGUUAAUAUUCUCGUCAUUUUUGAACAGUUCACUAACAUUCCUGCAUCCUGUGAAACUAAGUGGCAUAGCAAAGAAGAAAAGUGAAAUCACUAAAAUGUUCUGUGCAGCUAUGAAUAGCCAGCACUUUACGCAUCAUUUUGAAAACGAUCUGUAAACUCCUAAUGCUAUCAUAAUUUGUAAACA